AUGGCUCAAGAUACGUCUGGGUCCGCCAACGGCGGUGCCGCACGAUAUGAAAGACGUCCAUCGCAGACGGAGAAUCCAUUUGCGGCCCUCAUCCCCGACCAGCAUAUCGCAAUAAUUCCGACGUUUACGCUCGAAUCGGGCAUCACUCUCACAAACGUCCCCGUUGCCUACACGACCAGGGGCCAGCUGUCGCCUGACGGGGACAAUGCCAUGGUCAUCUGCCAUGCUCUCACCGGCAGCGCGGAUGUGAGCGACUGGUGGGGCCCGUUGCUGGGCGGGCCGGGACGAGCCUUUGAUACCUCGCGGUUCUUUGUCGUUUGCAUGAACAGCUUAGGCAGUCCUUAUGGCACGGCAAGUCCCGUCACGGCCAUGAACGGCGAUCCAGAUAAUGGACGUUACGGUCCCGAGUUUCCGCUCACAACGAUCCGGGAUGACGUCAAACUACACAAGCUGCUGCUCGACGACCUGGGCGUUCGGAAGAUUGCUGCCGUCAUUGGCGGCUCCCUCGGGGGCAUGUUUGUUCUGGAGUGGGCAUACUUUGGCAAGGACUACAUCCGCUGCAUCGUUCCCAUCGCCACGUCGAGCCGACACAGCGCCUGGGGAAUCAGCUGGGGCGAGGCGCAGCGGCAGAGCAUCUACGCCGACCCCAAGUACGACGAUGGAUACUAUGCGUUUGAUGACCCUCCGUCGACGGGGCUUGGCGCGGCCCGCAUGUCGGCGCUGUUGACUUAUCGCAGUCGCAACUCGUUUGAGGCUCGCUUCGGUCGCAACACGCCGGAUGCCUCCAAGGUGCAGACGAUUCGAGAGCGGCCACAGCCUAGCACGCCGUCCGAGGCCAAUUUUCACAUCCACAACGACGGACACGUUGUCAAGCGGAUAUCGCCGUCUCGAAACAACAGCGACACAAGCAUUGCCGUCAAGGAGAAGGGGUCCACGACGCCUCCGAGCUCCUUGGAUCCUCAGUUUCACGGCCCGGGGCAGAAAAGCAUGACAGGGGGCGACCCGCUGCCGACGUCGACCUACUUCUCGGCCCAGUCCUAUCUCCGCUACCAAGGGGCCAAGUUUGUGAAGCGGUUCGACAGUAACUGCUACAUCGCCAUGACACGGAAGCUGGACACGCACGACGUGUCGCGGAACCGAGCGCCGACUGUUGCAGAGGCACUCUCCAUCAUCGAACAGCCGACGCUAGUUCUCGGGAUCGAGAGCGACGGUCUUUUUACCAUUGCGGAGCAGGAGGAGAUUGCGCAGCACGUGAAGAAUGCGCGUCUGGAGCGGAUCGACAGCCAGGAGGGCCACGACGCGUUCCUGUUGCAAUUUGAACAGGUCAACAACUACAUCCUGACCUUUCUCAAGGAAGUGCUCCCUGACAUUAUGAGCCAGGAGGGGGAAGCGCCCGAGGUGGCCGGGGUAGGACAGCUUGUGAAGUCGAGCACCUUUGGCGAAGCCGAGGUGGAGGACAUUACGGCGUGGUAA